CGCCCCGCGGCGCCCCCCGGUCCCGCCCGCCAUGCCCGGCCCGGCCGCGGGCAGCAGGGCCCGGGUCUACGCCGAGGUGAACAGCCUGAGAAGCCGCGAGUACUGGGACUACGAGGCUCACGUCCCGAGCUGGGGUAAUCAAGACGAUUAUCAGCUGGUUCGAAAACUUGGUCGGGGAAAGUAUAGUGAAGUAUUUGAGGCCAUUAACAUCACCAACAAUGAGAGAGUGGUUGUCAAAAUUCUCAAGCCAGUGAAGAAAAAGAAGAUAAAACGAGAGGUUAAGAUUCUGGAGAACCUUCGUGGUGGAACAAAUAUCAUUAAGCUGAUUGACACCGUGAAGGACCCUGUGUCAAAGACACCAGCUUUGGUAUUUGAAUAUAUCAAUAAUACAGAUUUUAAGCAACUCUACCAGAUCCUGACAGACUUUGAUAUCCGGUUUUAUAUGUAUGAACUACUUAAAGCUCUGGAUUACUGCCACAGCAAGGGAAUCAUGCACAGGGAUGUGAAACCUCACAAUGUCAUGAUAGAUCACCAACAGAAAAAGCUGCGACUGAUAGACUGGGGUCUGGCGGAAUUUUAUCAUCCCGCCCAGGAGUACAAUGUCCGCGUAGCCUCCAGGUACUUCAAGGGACCAGAGCUCCUUGUGGACUAUCAGAUGUAUGAUUAUAGCCUGGAUAUGUGGAGUUUGGGCUGUAUGUUAGCGAGCAUGAUCUUUCGAAAGGAGCCCUUCUUUCAUGGACAGGAUAACUAUGACCAGCUUGUUCGCAUUGCCAAGGUUCUGGGUACAGAUGAGCUGUAUGGGUAUCUGAAGAAGUAUCACAUAGACCUAGAUCCACACUUCAACGAUAUCCUGGGACAACAUUCACGGAAACGCUGGGAAAAUUUUAUCCAUAGUGAGAACAGACACCUCGUCAGCCCUGAGGCCCUAGAUCUUCUGGACAAACUUCUGCGAUAUGACCAUCAACAGAGACUGACUGCCAAAGAGGCCAUGGAGCACCCAUACUUCUACCCCGUGGUGAAGGAGCAGUCCCAGCCUUGUGCAGAUAAUGCUGUACUUUCCAGUGGUCUCACGGCGGCCCGAUGAAGACUGGAAAGCGACGGGUCUGUUGCGGUUCCUCCCACUUUUCCAUAAGCAGAACAAGAACCAAAUCAAACGUCUUAACGUGUGUAGAGAGAUCACGUUCCGUGAGCAGACACAAAACGGUGGCAGGUUUGGCGAGCACGAACUAGACCAACCGAAGGGCAGCCCACCACCGUAUAUCAAACCUCACUUCUGAAUGUAAAAGGUUCACACGCCUUUGGCUUCCUGUUGACUUCCUCCUGACCCAGAAAGCAUGGGAAAUGUGAAGGGUAUGCGAAAUGGUGGUUACUGUUGCUCCCCCGCGCCCCUGGCUCGUCCCCGUGGCCGCCUGUUUUUUCCAGCAGACCAUGCUAACUACCUGACCACAGACUCCAGUGGGGGCACGGGGCGUAUAUGGCAUGAUGGGCGGUUACAUAUUAUAAUUUUAAAAGUAUAUAUUAUUGAAUAAAAGGUUUUAAAAGAAAUGUAUGGAGAGUUUUCAGUGCGGAAGGGGCCAUUAAACGAGACCUGUGGCCACAGAGGACGGAGAGAGAGAAGGGCAUUUGAGCCAGGUUCUAGCCAGAGGGAAGAGGGCCAGUCCCAGAGGUGAGGAGGGCCAUUUCCAGCACGCUCUUGACAGACAUGAGAAGUUGAAGAGGUAUGUGAACCAGUCCUGGCAGUGGGAGACCGCAGGUGAUUCCAGCAGACUUGGCGAGCCAGGAAAGCCAGGCCUCGGCCUCGCCUCGAACGCGUCCGUCUCCCUGGACCCCUCCUUCCAAAGCAGGUGAGUCAACCAGACAUUUACGUGGUAGGUAAAUGUCACCUCCAGUGAACUCAGGAAGCUGCCUUAGCCCAUUCUUUGCUUUCCCUUUGCGCAUCACCGUGUUCCAUUCCACCUCCCAAUACUGCUCACCACCCCGCCACGCCCCCUUCCGAAAAAGCAUCUUGCCUUGGAGGCUGGUUGAGUCUGCUGCCCUGAGGCAGGGGAAGGGGUUGGGUCUGGGGUUCAGAUUAUCCCGAAGCUCCCGUGAAUGGGAGGAGAAGCAGCCCACUCACAGGUGAAAGAAGGUGGAAUAGAAGCACCAGGUGUGUCUGUUAAGUGAGAAAACGAAACCUGUUUUACAAAUGAGAUUCCCUGGCACCCUCAGUCCUCUCCCAGGACAGCUGUGCCACGGGGAGGUGAAAGCAACAACCUGGUGGCUGCCCAGCCUUGUGUCUGGCUGAGGCCUGCGUCCUCCCACCGCCUGUAAAGCAGAAGCGGCGGGCAGACCCGACACCUGGGCAGCUAGACGGGGCACCCGCUAGUUCUCCACAAAAGCCACUGGUCUGCGCAACAUCCCUUCUCCUGUCUUCUCUGCUGCUUGUCCUGAACAGGUGACUAUGGGAACCCAGGUGUGGACGCUCACAGUUUUUGAAGCAAUUAUAGGGGGAAAGCAAAGAGGUCCCUCAGGGCCACCAUGGCGUCAGUGUCCCUUGGACCAGCUCCUGUUGUAUCCAAGCCAUUCCUCAGGUGUGGGAGCUCAAGACUGUGCCUGCCCCCAGACACCAGCGAGUAAGGGCCCGCAGGCCCCCAACCAGGUGACAGGACACCGAACGUAUGGACUUGGUCCUUUCCAGCUCCAUCACCAGCCUCGUAUUCUCAAGCGGUCUCUCUCAUGAGGCCCUUUUUGACCCAAGGCUCUGUAAACUUCUUUUGGUCUCCCACGUGUCUGAGACAGCAUCUCAAUACCUUGUUUUAAUGAGCAUGUCCCUGAAACUCUUAGGAACGUGGUACUUCAUAUGUGUGUGUCAAUCUACAUAGCAUGUUAUCACCAUGUUGACCCACUGGCGUUCGAGGGCCUUCCCCGACAGGGAGGGUCUCUUCAGAGCACAUACAUGGUCGACUGGCUUGGGAGUUCUUUAGAUGCCAUGCAGAACUGAAACGCUAGCUUUAUCCAAUUUCCCUUCUCAACCAGUGGGAAAGUCUUAUUUUCCAAAAACCUCUCAACCAAGAUAAACUUGGGUUUUGUGGAUGAUAAUUGUUGGGUAGGAGAGUGCUCAGUUGUAGGUAGAAGGUGAAGGAAGAGUUUUUGCUUAGGUUGUUUUGGCCUUGAGAGAAGGAGACAAGGAACCCACUAAACCAAGAACAGUCUGAAGCUCAUCCACAGCGUGCUUGGAAAUUCAGAACAUCAAUCACGUCUUUCAGUAGUCCUGCUUGUAUUGGGAUUGUCUAAAGUAAUAUUUAUUGACUUUUCUUGAUUACCAAAGUAAUAUAUAUGUUCAUGGCAAAAAAUUCAAAUGUUACAUAAAAGUAAAUAAUGACAGCCUCACCCUAACCACAUACCCACACAUCCAAAAACUCUUCCCUGCCUUGGAGGAAACCACAGUUAAAUUUGGCAUGUAUUUUUCGACUAUUUUCUAUGCAUUUACUAACAUUUUAAAAUUAUAAUGAUUUUUAUUUGACAGGUAGUCAGAUUUUACAUUCUUUUUCUGCAACUUGUGCUU